GACACAGUUAUAAGGCAUCUUACCAAACUCAAAAAGCGGUUCGAUGAUUACUUUCGAGAUCUUGAUUCACAUAAUGUCAGUUGGGUUGUAGAUCCCUUUAAAUGUGAAAUUGCUGAUGCACCAGAAAAGCCUCAAGGUUUGGCAGAGGCACUUUUUGAACUUCGAUCCAAUAAUGAAGAACGUAUUGAAUUUGAAAACAAAGCAGAUCUGUCAUAUUUUCAGAUGUUAAGAGCUGCAAAUGCUUUCAAAAUUGCACAUGAGGAGGCAGUCAAAAAGCUGCCCUUUGCAACAAUCUACCUUUGCGAACAAGGAUUUUCCACUCUACUGAACAUAAAAACAAAGUAG